AUGGCCUCCCCUCCCGUCAGCCUGGCCUCCUCGCGCCAAAGCCCCCCGUCUCCUGGCUCGAUCACGGGAUCGCGCCACCCGCCGUGGCUGGUCUCAUCUGGCCGCAAGCGCCGCAUCGGCCCCGUGGCUGCCGGCAUAGGCGACGUGUCCGAGAGGCUGUCAAAGGCGCUGAUGACGAAGGAGCCCUACGUCCUGCUGCCCAAGGAGGAGUCCAUGCUGGUGGUCAAGACCGUGUUUGAGGUGAUUGGGGAUGUGAUGACUGAGGGUGACAGGCUCGUCCUUCCUGGCUUUGGGUCGUUCGAAUCGGUACCCAGGAAACCCAGGAAGGCAAGGAACUUGCAAACCGGGGAGGAGUUUGUGACGGAGGCCAAGAUGGCACCCAAGUUCAAGGCCUCCAAGCAACUCAAGGACAGGGUCCACGACGCCCUGAAGUCCAGGCUACACACCCAAUGA